GCGGCAGAGUUAGGGGUCUCGGGAUUGGAGGUCCAGGUGUCAAAUUUCGGUCCAAUUCAAUGGAAUGUUCCGCGCUACCUACCUUUUCCUUUCAACUCACCGACGAAACGCUGCCCCGGAGACAAAGCAGACUCGGAAAGCAUACACAGUCUCGAGAUCUUCCCCAUCAAAUACCAGCCGCAUACUACCUUAAAAAGCUUAAGCCCAACUGCCCAUUCUUCCUUCCGGUCCCGAUCGGGCCAGAAACCUGUGCCAAAGAUGGAUUUCAACAGCCUCAAGGACCAGGUCACGAACCUUACUCUGUAUGACCUGAAGGCGGGUGUCCGUAAAGUUCAGAAUGCUGUGAUGAAUUAUACCGAGAUGGAGGCCAAGGUGCGAGAAGCUACCAACAAUGAACCCUGGGGCGCAUCCUCGACCUUGAUGCAGGAAAUUGCCAAUGGGACAUUUAACUACCAAACCCUUAAUGAGAUAAUGCCCAUGAUUUAUCGACGAUUUACCGAGAAAUCCGCCGAAGAAUGGAGGCAGAUUUAUAAGUCGCUUCAACUCCUCGAAUUUUUGAUCAAGCACGGCUCCGAACGGGUCAUCGACGACGCACGGGGCCAUAUCCCCCUCCUCAAAAUGCUGCGACAAUUUCACUACAUUGAUAACAAUGGCAAGGACCAGGGGAUCAAUGUCCGAAACCGCGCCAAAGAACUUGCCGACCUGUUGGGCGAUGUCGAACGGAUUAGGGGGGAGCGGAAAAAGGCUAGAGCCAACAAAGCCAAGUAUACUGGUGUCGAAGGUGGCACAAUGGGGGGUUUUUCUAGUACUGGCCGCUAUAGUGGCUUUGGCAGCGAGUCUGGUGGCUUCAGCGGCGCCGCUGGAUACGGUGGCUACUCCGGUGGUGUCUACGGAGAUGGUGGCGGCUUCGGCGGCCAGUCGGAUGACUGGAGGGAUACCGGCCACGGGCGCCCCGAAAAGUUUGAGGAGUAUGACGAAUUUGACGAGGGAUCUGCGCCGUCCAGUUCAUCUCGGGCCAAGAGACCUGAGAGGACCGAGAGAGUAGGUGUCAAGAAAACCACUCCGGCGGAGCCAUCUAAGAAGAAGGAGCCUGAGGUCGACCUUUUCUCUUUUGACGACCCCAACCCUACACACGCUGCGACGGCCCCAUCGAACGGCUCGACUGCCCUAGCCUCCAUGUCGACCACACACAACGAUGACGAUGAUUUUGACGACUUUCAAUCGGCAACGCCUAUACCAUCUAACAAUAUCGGCAUACCUUCACCAAUCGUAACAUCGAGCGCUCAAUCUACCGCCCAAUUUGCUGCUCCUCAACCCUUGUCCGCGCCCCAGCAAGCAAACUUGAGCGAUAUGAUGUCGUCUAUCUCACCGACUGGCAGCUCUACCUCGACGCCCGCUGCGAAUUACUCUUCUUUCAGCGUCCCCACAGGCUCCGCGUCCGGACAAACGCCGAAGCUACCCACGGGCUACCACGCGACAGCACCAAACUAUUAUCAAUCAGUCAAGGUGGGUCAACCAACCGGACCGUCGUCCACAUCCGCCGCCCCUACGCCAUCUGGGAUGUCGGCACUCAAUAAGCCGGCAGCCCCGGCUAUGACAAAGUUAUCCACCAGCGGUGACCCGUUCGCGAAUCUAUGGGGCCAAGCCGGCGGCGGUAUUAAGAAGAGCAGCACGCCCGCUGCUGGCCCUAAGAUGGGCCAACUUGCCAAGGAGAAGACUAGCGCUUCACUUUGGGGAGCCCCUGCGGUCGGUACACCAAAACCAUCGUUAGGAUCCCAGCCGAGCGGCGGUCCUGCAAACUCGACAGCCGGAAGUGGUAGCCUCGAUGACUUAUUGGGGUGAAGAACGCUACGAGUCGCGGCGACAUCUACAGAGCUCAGCUAUGGUUAGGUUCGAGUUCAUGGUGACGACUUUUAUGGUGACGAAAGACGAGAUACCCUGUAAGUCGCUCCGGCCAUUUUGGUCCGUUGCGCUUUGUGCUUAGGGACCUCAAGACGGUAGUAGAUGGUUGGGGGUGAAAAAGUGAAGGUGUCUUUCUUCAGGUUGGCUGCUAGACGAAUCGAACUAGACGCAUUCGCAAACAUACGCUCAAGAGCAAGAAGUAUUGGUGCGAUCGAGUAAGGACGACGUCGUCGCUAAGCGCGAUAGACUAGAUCCGAUUGUCCCUGCGCUAUUAUUGCGUUUCUGACAACUCAGCGGGGAUAAUUUUGGGGCGUAUUGCCGUAAUGCUAAAUUUCUAUCUACCGGAUACCACUUCGCCGGUGGAUUGCAAAUUGCUCGUUUUCUGUCAUCUCGGUGCAAUGAAUUCACUGUCGCAGAUCAUUAUCUUCGUCUUAGGGAGUUUGACGUCGGGCUAAUUUUGACAAUAGUCGGGUUCAUAUGAUGCGCCAGUCUCUAGUCUCGACCAAAAGGUGAUGCGCUUAGCUAGCUAAUGCCGAAUCAUGCGUCUAGACGA